AUGCGGGUGGAAAGUAAACUGGCCCUUUUCAAAGCUGUCUUGAGUGGGGACCCGAAACCCGAUCUGACUUGGAAAAGAGCCAAGGGCGACAUGUCUGACACAGAGAGAUUUCAUCAGAAAUACGACGAGACCACUGGAGAGUAUACAUUACUGAUUCCCAAGGUAUCGGGAGAUGAUGCAGAUACCUACAAAUGCUAUGCUCACAAUGAGCAUGGGAAGGCAGUAUGCACAGCUACACUCAAUGUCAUUGAAGUUGGAUUCAAGAAAAAGAAGGCUGUUUUGGAGGAGUCAGAUGUCGGUAUGACCUCAAGUGUUCUCUUUAACCAGUCAAAUCUAGGACAACUGUAGCUGUCAUUUUCACUCAAUCUAUUCUCUAUGUCCUG